CCAGCUCACAAUUCCCUUUCCACCCGCCAAGACCGACCGGCGGCGAACGUCCUACCACAUUCCAUUCUCCCUUCUUCUUCAUUGCUCUCCUCCAUAUCCUCUCUCUCUCUCUCUCUCUCUCUCUCUCUCUCUCUCUCUCUCUCCUCAAGUAGUGAGAGAUUCUCACUUCACCCGAAUGAGUACGGAAUACGGAUUCCACUGACUGGUGAAGCGCGACAGAGAGAGGGAGUGGACUGGUGGGGGAAAUGGUGAGGUGUGCGAGGUGCUGCCUCCGGAAGGCCAUGGGGCUGAUGAACAUAGUGGUCACUCUUUGCGGCGUCGGCAUGAUCAUCUACUCCCUCUGGCUCCAGAAGAUGUGGGAAAUCGGCGUCUCCGACCUCCCUUCCAUCGCUAACCUCCCCAAGCCCUGGUUUAUAUUUACAUGUUUAGCGGUCGGAAUGGCUGUUUGCUUGAGCACACUCUUUGGGUACAUGAUCGCAACCUGUAUGAGCAAUUCUUCUCUUUGCAUAUACCUUGUGACUCUGUUGUCGCUUCUGUUCCUCGAAGCUGCUGUGCUGGUGAUGAUAUUCUUCAAGAUAGACUGGUCAAAGCUAAUUGCUAAAUAUAUUGAUGAGGACCACGCGAAGUUCGGGAGUUUUGUGAAGUUCCAUCUUAUCAUGAUCCGUGUGAUCAUGUUCACGGUUUUGACUCUACAGGUAAUCGUUGCUGUGUUUGCAAUCAUGCUGUGGAUUAUUGGAACAGCGCCUACCACCCGGCAUCCACUAUCAUCUGUGCCGGACUUCAAGCAAUCCUUCCUGGUAGGGCCGACACCUGCUUCUUCCGAAGAGUACAUUCUGGUUCAGAAUGAUCCGGCUCUUCCUACACAAUUGUGCUCAAGAUGCGGGAAUUUCUGCGGCAGAAAUACGCGGGAGAGCCUCUUAUCCUAUGUUAAGGGUGUAAUCUUUACCAGAUUCCGGAGGACAAUUGUCGAGUGAGUUAAAUUGUUUUUCCUGAUUAUGCAGUCAAUCUAUUUGCGGGUAACCGUGUAAAGAUCCAUUUUUAGCUGCCUAGUCUUUGAUUAUUUCUUUGUGCUUAGAGGCAGCUCCAUGGUAUAAUUAUCUCAUGGAAUGCUGCCCUCGCUGAAUGGAUUGGCAUUCAUCUGCAA